GUUUCCUCCAGCCCAGCAGAUGGCAGUGAAAACCACCGACAGUUCAAGUACUACAGCAGCGAUACACAACAGCUCUUGUUUUCUAGCUUGCUUCGUGUCAUAGUAACGAAAACAACAACUUUCCAUCACGAUGGCUGAAGUGGAGGAGACACUCAAAAGAAUCCAAUCACAGAAAGGAGUGCAAGGAAUCAUCAUUGUUAAUGCAGAAGGCAUCCCCAUCAAAAGCACCCUUGAUAACUCAAGUACAGUUCAGUAUGCCGGGCAUAUCCAGCAGCUGCUCAUGAAAGCAAGGAGCUUUGUGAGGGACAUUGAUCCUCAGAAUGAUCUCACCUUUCUCAGGAUUCGAUCAAAGAAGAAUGAGAUCAUGAUUGCCCCAGACAAUGACUAUUUCCUGAUUGUCAUUCAGAAUCCCUCAGACUAGUUUUGCUAAAAGUAUUUUCUUCUCCAAUAACAGCCAAAAGUGUUUUCUUUUGAUAUGUUCCUGAAGUGGCAAUUUCAUAGUAACACAAGGUUACAUUGAAAAAGUUUGGUUUACUUUAUUAGUAAUUUAUCCUAUUAUUAGAAAUUUUUGGUUUGUACUUUUUAUCAUUCCAACACCAUGCACAUUUGUUCUAACUUAUUGCUUUCUCAUAUUUUCCCUUAAAAUUCAAGCUGUCCUUCAUCUAUAAUUGUCAAUCUGACAAUAUGAAAUAAAGUUUCUCUUUUUUUCUGCUGGAUGAACAAUAAAACCACAAUGCAUAUCCUUUAAUUGAUUGGUUAUAUAUUUUCUCUGUAUUGAAAAGACUGUAUGUCAGAGUACACUAUUAAUGUAUGAUAAAUAAAGUUAAAGUAGGUAUGAA